UCUGCGCAAACCUUACCGUGUUCCCUUUGGCCUUCACAUCGUACUUCGUUCUUCUGCUCUCUCCCUUCCAACUCUCUCCUUGAAGUGUCGUUGAAUGCAAAACCGUUCAUAAAAAUAAUUACAUCUCUCGUUUUCCUAACUUCCCCGAGCAGGGAAUUGAUCACGUAAUAUUGUACAUGCAUUGCGUCGGGUUGUUUUGACUGCGUUCGAAAUAUCAACUUCGCUCAUACUGCGAGCGAUCUAAGAUGCAUUUCAAAGGGUUGAUGAUUGCUGUUCAAACUCUCGAUGGCGAAGCUGGCAAGAAGAGAAGAGCAAAGGCGUAUCUUCGCACGCAUCGCAAAGUUCAGACCUACCAGGUAAAUUCAGUUAUAAAUUCGUACAAUAAAUUUUGCUCGAGGUAUUUAAAAUCAUUAUGCAUGAAAACAGCAAAUAAGUUAUUUGAAUACAAUGUUCAUUCAUUUGAAUUUAAACAAGGCUUUGCUGUUAAGGUUCACUUGUGCAGCGUAAUCGCUUCGUUUUUCGUGUGCGGUCGUUUAAGAAAUUUCAACUGGAGGGUUGCUGUGAUUUCGGCCUCCCUGCGUUUUGCCAUGGUACGUCUAUCAGUCACCGAUACCGCUUGAUCCUAUCUCAAUAUUUCCGUUGUCACUAAAUUGCUGUGUAUUGCUUUUGUUGUGAUUUUUUAAAAACAAAUUUAAUUUAUUCCCUGUUACAUUUCAUUUCCCAUGGGCAAAGUACACGAAGCUGUUAUUCAAUUAUAAAGGCAGUCUUGUUUGGUUAUGUUUAAAAAAAAAAUUUAAACGGAUCGAGUGAUGUUUUAAAAUCUGUCGGAAACGGUGAUAAUCGAUUCUUCCCGUUGCGUAGUUUGCGCAACAACCGAUUAGUAUUUUACUUAAAAUUCACCGAAGAUUUGGUUAUUUUUCAAGGAUUGCUCAGCCUUUGCUCUCUGUACGGAGAUGACUUUUCUCCAGGUUUUGAUUUCCGCUCAAGUUCUGAUAGGAAAUCAUUUGGAAUCGGGCGGAAAUUAGGAAAUCGUGUGCCCUUUUUGUUGGUAUCGUGUUUCCUUAGUUUUGAAUUGUCAAAAAAAGUGUGUAGCCACAGAAAUUAUUUUUUUAAUUUUAAAGUCUGGGUGUUACCUCUCAAAUUUUAUUGCCUGGAAAACUUAUCAGUCUCUCUCUCUUAUCGAUUUUGUAAUGCCAGGGUUGUGAAGCUGGCGAAGCGAUAGAGGACAAAAGUUACCAUCAAAAAACUGAACCUGAAAAUUGCUCAGUGGAUACGGAGUCGAAAAAGGUUUGACGUGUGCUUCUUUCCCGAGGUGAACCAUUUUUUAAUUGCAACGAUUCAUAACUGAUUGCUAAUGUUGUUUAUACUAUUGGUUUGUUUCUGCAGGCUUAUCAAACUUGGCUUAUAUUCCGGCUGGGUAUUCUGAGUGGCAUGUUUUUCGUGUUGUUUACCGUGCUAGUUAUUGCAGGUAUGAAAACAGUGACAAACUCUUGUAACUAUGUGUCGAAAAAGUCGUUUGUACAUGCUGAAGGUUUUCAAGAUAUAAUGAUCGUGUCGUAAAUUGGGUGCAGAGUUCCAAGUCACGGUAAUAGGGUGCUCUUAUGCAAUCAUGGCAGUUUUAUGGAUCUUUUCAUCUAAUGUUUGGGUUUUAUGUAAUGGAAAGCGUAUCCGAGAACUUUUCAAUAACUGACCAUACGAAAUUUUACCCUGCUGAGGUUUGCUUUUCCGGUUUCGGCCAACAAACCAUAACAACUAAGAAAGUACUUACGUCACAAUCAAAUUACUAGUCAAUUAUCCAUGUAAAGCAAACGCUAUUGUAGAGAGUUCACAGUUGGCUGUUCCUUAGCCAAAUAUUUCCACAGCUGUUUAAUGAGAAUUCUGACACCCGCUUUCCUUCUCCUGAGGGAUAUAUUUUGUUUCUCCGAUUGAAAUAUUUUUUUAGCAAGCUUCGUCGCGGUUGUUACCAACGCAGUAGGAAGAUGUCAAAAUGUUGAAAAUAACCAAAUAAUGACGGUCACCUGACAUUUUAAUGAUUUUUUUCUUCAGCAAUUCGGGCGGACAAUGAUAUCCAAUGGCAACCUGCGUUCCGCAUGUAUAGAGGAAUGUUUCUGUUCGUACUAGAAUUUUUUUUCUUUGGAAUCAAUUUAUACGGCUGGAAAUCAGUGGGUAUUAACCCUGCACAUAUCUGUGACUUAAAGAAUAGUCUCUGCCCUCUUCGAAUGCUAGAGGUAAGAUUCGUGAGAUGUACUCGUGAAUUUUCUAAACCCUCCUCCCCACCCCCCUCCAUGACACCUUUCUGAUCCCCAGCAGAUUCAAAGCAAACUCUAUCUGAAAUUGUAACAGUUUUAUACCGCGAUGAAGUUCGUAUUAAGAUGGUAGCAAAGCGAGGGGGUGGGGGGUCCAGAUUCUGUUUCAUGCACAAAUUUUAGUAAAAUUCGCGCGUCUCGGGCACUUUAAGCAGAACUUCACACGUCACAAGUUUUAAAGGGAAAACUUCAAAUCCCAGCUUGCCUUACCUUUCUGUAAAAUUCUCGUGUCAAAUAUUAAUUUUGGGCCUCGUCAUGCACCACUCACAAACCCUUUGCGUCCCUCUUUUAAAAAUUAAAUCAAUCUGGAUGAAUGAGGGACUUUCGAGGCUCACAAUAUAUUGCAUUUUAGACUGUUUUCAUCAAUAUCAGAACAUUUUACUCUUCUGAAGUUUUUUGCAUCAGCGUAGAAAUUUUGCUAAACGCUGAACCCAGCGGUAACAAUUUUGUGACAAAAUCUCGGCACAAGACCGCAGUUUUUAUUGUCCUGGUGUUCAUCAAAGGUAACCGUACGGCACUUGAAUAUUUUGAAUAAACUUUAACGUUUUACUGUAUCUGUGUUCUCUCUGUCUCUCAAUAGAUGUCGUUGUUCUUCGCCGUCCUAUGGGGAACAAGUGCUGUGGUUUUUCUUUUCUCUGAACAUUUUGGACUGCCGCGUUAUUUCCAUCCAAUUGCGUUAGCUUGUUUCUUUUCGAUUUUCGGUAUCAACACGCUUGACUUCUGUUUAAGAAAAGCAAGAUUCUGGCUUCUUAGGGCAAUUGUAAGUAUAAUGUUCAUUCAUCUCUAAUUUUGUUGAUUAAUUCCCACACGAUUUCUCCUCAAUUCACUCUUUCUGACUUCUUCGUUUCGCCUCAUCGUUCUCUGAAAUGACAGUUCCCUUAGAUAACAGAGGGGGCACUGGGGUCUAAAAUUGUUAGAAAUGUCGCUUAAACAGUGAGACGGCCUAAACAUUCUAAAGAACUGAUGUUAUCCGCGUAUUUUAAAAGUGAUAAGGUCAAGGGAAAAGACAAGCGUAUAGGAAAAAAGUGGAUACCAAAAGUCGAAAAACUGACAAUUCUGCGAAGAAAAUACGUUAAACUAAUCUCAGUAAUGUCCAACACCGGAAACCCUAUUGCGUGUCUCUCGGUGUUUGUUCGUCCGAGGUUGGAGGUAAUUUUAUGCUCCUUGACACAAAUUGUUGACCUCGUCAAAAUAGAUUCGUUCAUAGGCACGUAACAGCAAGUUGUUAAAACAAAUUUAAUUUGCUCUUUGUUUUUCUUUUUUUUUUUCAGUGGCGAGUUUUGACAGCGCCGUUCCACCAUGUAGGAUUUGCCGACUUCUGGCUUGCAGAUCAGCUAAACAGUCUUGUAGUUGCUAUUCUGGAUAUGGAGUAUAUGUCUUGUUUUUACGCACUUGACUACUACUCUGUUCAAGGUGAGCUAACAGUCAUUGCAAUUUCAUUGUCCUUUGCCUUUUCUGCUGUCGGGUUUUUCUGAAUCUAUCGAGGCUUUCGUAAUCUGUGCAACUUCGUCUUCCCUCGGGUUGCGGUCGGGUUUGCCAGGAUCUACCGAAACUAUCAUUAUCGGUGCAACUUCGUCCUCCUUCGCGCCGUAGUCGGGUUUGUCGGAAUCUGCCGAAGGCAGCACCAUUGGUGUAAAUUGGUUUUCUUUGGGCUUGCUUCGGGGUCUUUUCGUGUCUGCCGAACUUCUUACGCUGCCAACGACUGUGAGAAGAGAAAAAGCGAAUUUUGUAUUUUGAUGAAAACGUCAACUGGAUGGAGUCAAAAGAAGUCUUAAUACAUAUGUUCAGAGUCGCUAGUACUCGUUCUUGCGUUAUUUUAUCUAUAUUUCUUUAUCUAAUUUCUUGUCUGUCCUUUUGUGGGAGAAAAUUCCUUCGAGCAAACCACUACACGCAGGAUAUCUGUGGGAAGUGUUCCCCCGUAUAUCGUAACCAUCAUAUCACACUUUCUGAGGGUAUUGACUCACUUACAUUCUAUGUUUUAUUUCUCUUGUAGACCGAAGUAAAUGCGGUAGCAAACUGUAUGGGCUGAGACCGCUGAUCGCUUGUCUUCCUGCGUGGUGGCGCUUUGCGCAGAGUCUGCGCAGAUACGAUGACACAAAACAGAAAUUCCCACACCUUGCGAAUGCUGGGAAAUAUUCCACAACGUUCUUUGUUGUGUUCUUUUCAACAGUGGCGACAACUCACAAAGGUAUCCCUCAUGGAGAAGUUAGUUGAAUGUGAAAGAAGGCAUAUAAUGAAAGUUUUUAUGGUUUCCUUUUCAUAUUUCACCCUUCCUAAAUAUAGUCCGGCCGAUAAAUUAGAUCGCAAAAAUGCAGAAACCGAUCUAAGUUGGCCUUAAAAGAGCUACGUCGUAGUUCGUGCAUCUUGAAAAAUUUGGCGGAAAUUUUUCGAAGUUCCUCAUUUGCAGUUUGCGUUCAGUGUCUUACUUUUGUUUUGUUUUUUUUGUGUGUGUGUGUGUGUUUAUUUUACCACGCAAAUAUUUUUUGGUCUCCCUCAUGUUCAUCGUAAUCUUACUUUGGUUCGAUAUGGGCCUGUACAAAACUGACUUGUGUAUUUUUCAUGUAAUUUUUAUCUUUAAGGGAGAUAACUUAACAUAUUGUUUUCUAUCGACAGAAAAUACUGGUAAACAGCAGAUGGAUUUCUACUUUCUGUUUUGGAUCUUCUCGGCGUUCAUCAGUUCGUGUUACACCUACGUGUGGGAUGUGAGAAUGGACUGGGGACUAAUGGAUUCUAGUCACGGAUAUCUUAGAGCCAAGUUGCUAUUCAAACGCUUGGUAAGUAGAGGCAUGGAAACGAAGUUUAACUUCCACAUCUGGGGUCAUUGAGGCCAUCGCGACCUGGGUACAUGGGUCGGGAUGGCCUUCAGCGUGGAAAAGGACUAGGCCAAGAAAAAAAGCUUGGGUCACAGGUGAUCGCGAUGAGCAACAGAUAAGAAAAUUUUUUUAAGAAACGGUAAAAUAUCGUAUGGGAAAAAUUUAGUUGUGGAAUGAGGAAGGAGGGAAAAUUCUGUAUUUCAUUCUACACUCCACCCGUGGGCUAAGGGGAACUUGUAGCCCCGGAAAUAGGCCAGAAAAGGAACCCGCGUAUUCUGUAGUUAUAUUUUCGAAUUAAAAUGUCCUUAUCAAAUGUAUUUUUUUCUCUUCUUUCUGCAGGGGUUUUAUUACUUUGCGUUGGUUAGCAAUCUCUUUCUUCGCUUGUCCUGGGUCCUGACUGUAUCAGUUGGUGAAGCAGGACUGUUUCAUUCUGAAGUCCUCACAGCAUUACUAGCGGUGUUGGAAGUAUUUAGGUCAGUGGUAGUACUAGUUGGCUUUUUAACUUUUGUUUGGACUUGCCACACGAAGAGAGAGUAUUACGUGACAGGCGCAGAACUCCGUUUGUGUUUAUUGCGUUACUUAGUGAAAGUCCUUACCCAACCGGUGUUUACCCUACUUAAGUGUUUUGACUCGUAUUGUUCAGCUGAAAAAUUGUGGAAAAAGUCUUAAUUUGUUUGCGCAAACUGCGCACGAGUCUUGAGCGUUUGAUAUGCCAUGAUCUAGUUGCAUAACUAAUUGUGAAAUGUUCUCUUUCCAGGCGAUUCGUAUGGAAUUUUCUGCGAGUAGAAAAUGAGCACUUGAGUCGACUAAAAGGAGCGGCGGAUCAUAGUCAAGAGGAACUCAGAGAAUAUGACGAAGAUGAACAAUCAGAAGAGUCAAUAGGAUAAUAAAUUGUGACAGACAAUGACAAUCAUGACAAUCCCCAAUCCCACUUUUCUCUAUGACGAAAAGUGUACGCGUCCUUAACUGGACGAUGAAGUCUGGGGAAACUCGACCUUUAAAUUUGGGGAUAAACAAAACUUAGUGGCUAACUAUUUCAAAAAUUAUCAUCAACUCUGAUAUUUAAUGAUAAAUAUUACUUAAGCUACAUAAAUUAUUAUUACAUUAAUAUUAUGUUUAUGUAGAAGAACCACUAUUGUUAAAUUAGAUGUUAAACUUUAUUUAAUAUUGUUAACAAAACGAUUACAGUGGAAUGGGGAGUCGCGUCUAUUUUGUUUACUUCAGAGGGUUAUUUUUUUUGUCUGCAAGGCAUUAUAAUGUUCCUUUUUUUUUUUCAAGUCAAAGAGAUUAUUUUGGGGAGGAAGGGUUCUGGUUAAUUUGUAAAGAUAUGAAGGUGCAUAGUACAAAUCGUUGUUUUUGGAAAUGCCCAUCUUAAGAUGAUUGAUUAAUUGAAGCGAAUGUGAUGAGUUUAUUUUUCUAACUAUUCGGUGAAAAUAAGUUGAUUUCAUUUUGAUUACCCUUCUUCGAAGUUCAAGCAGGUUAUACAGUACAUCGGUCCGUGAAUAAACCGAGAGAACACUAGAGAGCUAAGAGCACGAGAAUUUUCACGAGAAUGAUCCCUGUUUGCUUUGGUUUUGCAUUGCAGACCUAUCGCAAAUCAAAUAGUUCCCUUGGGUUCACUUGAGUUUUUAUUUGCUCUUUAAUUAAUUUUGCUUUUAUUUGGCGACAUUUGGUUGAGAAGCGCUUUCAUUUUGACGUUCAAGAUUAACAGCAAUUUGUACGUGUUAAUGGAAAAAAGUUAGCACUUUUGCCUCACGUUCGUAGUCCGAUGGGAAAACAAGGCUUAUUACGGGGUAUUAUUCUCAUAUUUUUAUAAGUUGAUAACAAUAUUAAAAGGAUUAGAGGGUAAUGUACCAAUUACAUUCGAAUCUAGUAUUUUCAUUUGCACUCGGCCGCAUUCACUUCAAACGGUAUUUGCUAUACUCACUGAAAAAUAAGAUGAUGUUUAUCAGGUGUCUACUGCUCGCUCAACAAAGAAAACUAACUGGAAAUAGCUUAUAAUGAGACGAGGGGGAAAAGAUUUGGCUCAAGACGGAAAUCUGUCCUCGAUCGUAUUGAAGGUCGGUAUUGGGAAAGAUAUGUUACUGUGUAAUGUAUUUAGUCGUUUCGAU